AUGAGAUUAUCAACUGCGCUUGUCUGGGCCAGCGCUGCGCUACCAGGUGCAGUAGCUUGGGGAAGUCUGGGCCACAUCACCGUCGCCUACGUAGCUAGCAGCUUCGUCGCGCCGCGGACCGAGUCCUACCUGCAGGGCCUCCUCCGCAACGACACGGGCGACUACCUCGCCAACAUCGCGACGUGGGCCGACUCGGUGCGGUACACCAAAUGGGGCCGCUUCAGCGGCAUCUUCCACUUCAUCGACGCCAAGGACAGCCCGCCGGCCAACUGCAGCGUCGACCUCGAGCGCGACUGCAAGGCCGGCGGCUGCGUCGUCACGGCCAUCCAGAACUACACGCGGCGCGCCAUGGACACGGCCGGGCUGGCCGACUGGGAGCGCGCCCAGGCCGCCAAGUUCGUCGUGCACUUCCUGGGCGACAUCCACCAGCCGCUGCACACCGAGGACGUGGCGCGCGGCGGCAACGGCAUCCACGUGCUCUUCGACGGCCGCGAGUGGAACCUGCACCACGUGUGGGACAGCAGCAUCGCCGAGAAGCUCGUCGGGUCGCGCCGGCGCAGGAUCUACGAGGACGCCCUGCGCUGGGCCACCGAGCUCGCGGGCCAGAUCCGCGCGGGCAAGUACCGCGCCGAGAGCAAGGCGUGGCUCGAGGGCAUGGACCUCGAGGACCCCAUCGCGAGCGCGCUGCUGUGGGCGAGGGAGUGCAAUGCCUACGUCUGCUCGCAUGUGUUCCCCGAGGGCCCGAGCCAGAUCGCAGGCCAGGAGCUCGGAGGUGAUUACUACGAGAAGGCCGCGCCGGUGAUAGAGUUGCAAGUUGCUAGGGCCGGCUUCCGACUGGCGGCGUGGCUAGAUCUGAUGGUUGCAGGCAUCGAUGCUACUGAGACCGGGGAUGAGUUGUGA